ACCUCCAGCAAUCCUCCCACCUCGGCCUCCCAGAGUGCUAGGAUUACAGGUGUGAGCCACCGCACCAGGCCUGGAAGGAGUGCUUUGUGAGUCAACACACCUUCCCACCCUCCACGCAAGCCCUCUCAGCUAAAUUGUAUGGGACAAUCUUGCCUCAUUCCCUUAUUAAGUCUGCUUGUUGGGUCAAUCUAUCCAGUGUGGAGCAGACAUGUUAUAGUCCAGGGAGUAUGCUCCUAGUAGCCCUUAGCCUGUCCUACCUCCCCCAGAGAGGGGAGGGCAGGCGCAUCACUGCCCCCUCAACUAAAUCCUUUCCCCAAGAUGACACCUGAAACUGCAGCACAAAAUGCCCAGUUUUAGGGGCUUCAGCCAAGCACUGGUCUCAGGAUGGGAAAGAAGGUAUUGUCCAGAGCAGUGUGAGUGGCUGUUGUCCCACCUCAAACAGAAUACCUGCAAGCCCCCAGCCCAUCUAGUCCAGGACUCUGGGCCCCGCAGCAGUGCAGAUCAACCACAUGUUCCACUGCCUGGUCCUUAUCCUAGCGCCAAGGUGACAGAUUCCUCUGGACUCUUCUGAAGGCACAGGGUUGGAUCAUGGGAUCUCACUACUGGCCCCACCUCUGGAGAGAGAGGAGGCCCUGCACUGGGGCUAUCCAGCAAACCCGGGCCAUGAGCGUCGUGGACACUGCACAUCAUUCCUUGGACCUGGAGAGUGUCUCUUCUCAGGCCCAGGACUGCCUUGAACUCCCUUUGCCGGUUCCGAGAGCCUCCUCCUGGCCUCCCUCCCCGGACAAGGAUCCCACUUUGCCUUCCUUUCCUCGGGAAGAGCCUGGCCCCGAGCCCCUGGUCCCAGGGAACCUUCCAUUUCCAGCCUUGUCCCUAGAGGAAGAAGAGGAGGAAGAGGAUGAGGACGGUGACGACGCGGCGGAGCCCGAGGGGCUGCGCAGCGAGGAGCACCCGCGCCAGUUUUUCGCGGAGGCUCGGCGGCUGCGGGAGCAGAAGCUGCUGCUGGACGAAGAGGUGUCGGUCGCGGGGCGGGUGUACGGGCUGCAUCGCGUGAUCCUGGCGGCGGUCAGCAGCCUCUUCCGAGGCAGGCUGCUGGGCUGCGGAGGUUCGCGGGCCCCCCUCAUCCUGGAUGUGGCCCCGGGGGGCUGGGAGGCCGUGCUGACCUUCGCCUAUGAGGGGGUGCUGGGCCCCGCCCCGCAGGGGGACGUGCUGGCCGCAGCCGAGGCGCUAGGAGCGCCCCGGGUGAAGGCCGCUGCCCUGCGGAGAUGCGAGGAGGCCGGGGACGCCGGGGAGGACGGAAAGAAGCCCAGCCAGGCAGAGGAGCUGCGGGAGAACCUGCGCGGCGUUGAGCUCCUAUACCGAGAAGGCGUCGGCUGUGAUCUGAAGCUGGAAGCAGGCGGCUGCCAGCUGCGGGUGCACCGAGCAGCCCUGGCCUGUGGCAGUGAGUUCUUUGGCGCCAUGCUCCUGAGCGGGAUGAGGGAAUCCCAGGGCACGGAGGUGUCUCUACGAACCAUCUCUAGCCAGGACCUGCGACUCCUCGUCUCUUUUGCCUACUCUGGGGUUGUGCGGGCAAGGUGGCCAGGCCUGCUGAGAGCUGCCCAGGCUGCUCUGCAGUACCAGAGCUCUUCCUGCCUGGAUUUGUGUCAGAAAGCCUUGGCCCGGGGCCUCAGCCCUGCCCGUUGCCUGGCCCUGUUCCCCAUGGCUGAAGCCCCCGGGCUGGAGAUGCUCUGGAACAAAGCACGUCACUACCUCCUCACGCACCUGCCCGCUGUGGCUUUGUGCCCCACUUUCCCUUCUUUACCAGCUGCCUGCCUGGCUGAGCUGCUGGAUAGUGACGAACUCCACGUCCAGGAGGAGUUUGAGGCCUUCGUGGCUGCGCGGAAUUGGCUAGCUGCCAACCCUGAGAUUCAGGAGUCAGAGGCCAAGGCCCUGCUGCGAUGUGUCCGCUUUGGCCGAAUGUCCACCAGGGAGUUGCGGAGGGUGCGGGCAGCCGGGCUACCCCCAUCCCUGUCCCCAGACCUGCUGCACCAGCUGUUGGUGGAGGCGGACGUUCCAGGCCAAGAGAGGCGGAGGGAGCCUGACCGGGCACUGGUGGUGAUUGGCGGUGAUGAACUCAGAUCGGACAUGGCCCUAAGACAGCCAUCCGGAAGAGUGUGGUGGGCCCGGGCCUUCCGCUGUGGCAUGGGACUGGUACGAACCGUGGAGUGGGGGUGGCUGCCUGCGCUGCCUGCCCCAGGGCGCUUCCGGCAUGGGGCUGCAAGCCUGGCAGGAAGUGAACUCUAUGUGUGUGGGGGACAGGAUUUUUACAGCCACUCCAACACCCUGGCUUCAACUCUCAGGCCAGCACCUGCACUUCCAGCACCUUGCUUUGCCCAUGCAGCUGCCAUUUUGGAGGGACGAUUGUACGUGAGCGGUGGCUGUAAUGGAACUGGCCAAUACCUGGCCUCAUUGCUACACUAUGACCCCAAACUUGAGAAGCCAGGGAGACUUCUGAGCCCUAUGGGGAUACCUCGGGCUGGCCAUGUCAUGGCUGCUCUGGGUGGGCGGUUGUAUGUGGCCGGUGGGCUAGGUGAGACUGGGGACCUGCUGAGCUUUGAGGCCUAUGAACCAAAGACUGAUAGUUGGACUCAGCUGGCACCCCUGCCCUCCCCCCAUGUGGGGGCUGCAGGUGCUGUGCUGCAGGGGGAGCUCCUGGUGCUGGGGGGCUACAGUCACCGUACUUAUGCCCUCUCCCACCUUAUCCAUGCCUACUGUCCUGGCCUGGGCCGAUGGCUCUGCCUGGGAACUCUGCCGAAGCCUCGGGCUGAGAUGCCUGCCUGCGUCCUGACACUGCCCACAGUGCAGCACAUAGCUUUGGUUCCCACCAUGCACCAAACCAAGCCUGCUGGGUGAAGGGGGAGCACCAGUGCAGGGCGGGAGGAAGGGAUGAGAAAUAUCAUGAGAGAAGAACAAAGAUUAUGGGAGGAGGGAAAGAAGACUUCAUCUUGGUAGUAUUUUAUUCUCAGACAGUACUUUACAGCUUAUAAACUGCUUUUGUAUAUGUGAUCUCCACUGAGGAAAAAGUGGUUCCAGAACUCUUGAGGAAAUGGCAUUGUGGAAAGGGAAGUACCUGGGUGAGGAGAGGAGACCCAGGAGCAACUCCAAUAGGCUGGGGACUCUUGGCGGAGAAAGUGCAUCUGGUUGGGAAGAGAGUCAAGAAGCUCCAGUAGCUGAAGUGUGGAGGCCAUGAGAGGACAGUCAUGAUCCUGACCCAUGGAUCAAGGAAAAAAUGUGGAAAGACCCUCCAUGAAAGAGUUUAAGGAGAUGGAAGGAAGGAUUGAAAAUUGUUCAGCCCUUCCCUUUCCCAGCACCUGCUCCUUUCUACUCCCCAAACCCUGGGAUAUCCAAACCCUCUUGACAAUAUUCUCUCUCAGGAGACUUUGUGGGCCCAGUCUAGCAUUUUCCCAGCCUGGACACCACAGGCUUUCCCUGAGAGCUUCUUUUUUUUUUUUUUU